GUUAAGAGCAGCUUCGGGGCCCCGCAGAUGGAGCCGCGACAGCCUAAGGCCCCGCCGCACUCCAGGCCCAGCUCCCCUACGCUGCACGGUGGCGGAUGCUGCGCUUAACCCGGCCAUGCCGUCCUCCGAGGUCAUCCUGCAGUCUACCCCCAGCAAGAGGCAGAAAGGCUCGGCGCCCGGGGAGCCCGCUGCACGGCUCCGCUUCGCUAAGCUGUCCCAGAACGCCUGCACCCCCUCCAGGGGUUCUGCUCGGGCUGCCGGCUACGAUCUGUACAGUGCUUAUGACUGUGUGAUACCACCCAUGGAAAAGGCUGUAGUGAAAACAGACAUUCAAAUUGCUCUUCCUUCUGGAUGCUAUGGCCGAGUAGCACCACGUUCUGGUUUAGCUGCAAAGCACUUCAUAGAUGUUGGUGCUGGUGUUAUUGAUGAGGAUUACAGGGGCAAUGUUGGAGUGGUACUCUUCAACUUUGGGAAAGAGGCUUUUGAAGUUAAAAAAGGGGAUAGGAUUGCCCAGCUCAUUUGUGAACGCAUUUGCUAUCCUGAGCUGGAAGAAGUUCAAGCCCUAGAGGAUACUGAACGCGGUGAAGGUGGCUUUGGUUCUACUGGAAAGAACUAAAAACUAUUUGAACAUGCAUUCUAUUUCAUUUUUUUUCUUAUGCUAUUUCUAAAUUCUUAUUUGAUUUAAAAUUGGGGUUUUGAGAACAUUAGAACAAAAUAAAGUUUUAUUUGGACUUCUUCAUAUCCUCCUGUCUGCUUUAACAGGCUGUGAACUCAUCUGCUUUAUAGGAGAAUGUGCGUGACUGACUUGACUAAUUAUUUGAUUAUUUUUUCUUUUUAGUUGUUCAGUGCUCCAUGAUAUUAUGUGCUGAUUAUGCUCUAAUAAACUAAAAUUAAUGUAA